AUGUUAUAUAAAGCACAGCUGCCAUUUCAUUUCCUUUGCUACCGGCUUCUUUCUUUCUUUUUGUUCAAAUCAAUCAAGGAUCGAAGAGAUCUAUCUUUCCGGCUUAGCCGAACUUCUCACCUGGUAUGUCCUAGUUCUUUGUUCAUGCUGCUAACUCUGAGUUUUGUCCUACUUCUGAUUUUGGUUUUCGUAUCAUGGAUCUUGGUUCGCGCUUUAUGGCAUUUUCCCCCUCUCCGUCAUCCACAUGAUGCUAAAUCUUUCUCGUGCGCCCGCUUCUUCUUCUUCUUCUUCUUCUUCAAGAAAUAA